CUGCUUCUGAAAUGCAAGUUGACGUACCUGGAAAUAACAAAGGAGACCAUGGCUGUUUUGAAGAUGGCGAAAAGUGCUUCCUGAGAGUCACCGGCAUGACCUGUUCAUCAUGUGUUUCUGCAAUAGAAAAGGAGCUGUUCAAGGUCAAAGGAGUAAAGUUUGCUCUGGUUGCCCUGUUGGCUCAGAAGGCAGAAGUCCGGUAUGACCCAGCUCUCGUCCAACCUAAUCAACUGGCAGAGAGGAUCACUGACAUGGGAUUUGAAGCAUCGGUUCUUGAGGAAUCGCACAUUCUCCACGGUGAUGCUGAAUUUGUGAUACGUGGCAUGACCUGUGCCUCGUGCGUUCAUGCCAUCGAGACCAAUGUCUGCAAGCUUCCCGGAGUGGCCAGUGCGUCGGUCAGUCUAGCGACACAGAAGGGAAGGUUCUUCUUCGACCCUGAGCGGACAGGACCCCGUCAGAUCUUGGAACGAAUCAAGGAUUUGGGCUUCGAGGCACAUCCAUUUACGGACCACAAGAUGGAUGCGAGCUACUUGAGUCAGAAGGAGGAAGUUAAAAAGUGGAGAAGAUCCUUCCUGCUUUGCGUUUUGUUUGGUGUGCCGUCCAUGCUGCUCAUGAUGUACUACAUGAUCCGGCGAAUGGUUUACAAGCAUGACGACUGCUGUAUAUUUCCAGGGCUUUCAGCUGAAAACUUUUUCCUUUUUCUAUUAGCCACCGUAGUCCAGUUUGUCGGCGGCCGUUACUUCUAUGUGCAAGCUUGGAAGGCUGUUUCCCACAAGGUCGCCAACAUGGAUGUGCUCAUCACUCUGGCAACAAGCAUCUCUUAUUUCUACAGUGUCGUUAUUGUUGUGUACUUUAUGAUUGAUGGUGCGGACCACAGCCCAAAGACGUUCUUUGAAACACCGCCCAUGCUGCUAACUUUCAUAUCGCUUGGACGUUGGCUUGAGCACAUUGCCAAGGGAAAGACCUCAGCUGCACUUGCCAAGCUGAUUUCACUGCAAGCCACGGAGGCAGUUCUUGUGGACGUGGAUAAACAGAUGAACAUCACUGCGGAGCAAAACAUCAGUGUAGAAUUGGUCCAAAGAGGAGACGUGUUGAAGGUUAUGCCUGGAGCAAAGAUACCAGUGGACGGAAGGGUCUGCAUGGGUCACUCAGUUGUCGACGAGGCACUCAUCACAGGCGAAUCCAUGCCUGUGCCCAAGAAGGUUGGUGACCAGGUCAUCGGCGGCUCUAUGAACGGCAAGGGUGUCCUUCUAAUCAUUGCCACCCACGUUGGCAAGGACAUGGCACUCUCACAGAUUGUACGGCUUGUUGAAGAGGCCCAGACAUCUAAGGCUCCAAUUCAGCAGCUGGCAGACAAAAUAGCUGGUUACUUUGUUCCUGGUGUAGUGCUGGUCUCGCUGCUGACUUUGUUUGCUUGGGUCUUAAUUGGAUUUCACAAUGUGGAGUACGUCACACGAUUCUACAAGAGACAGCGAUAUCACGACUCGGACGCCGAGCUCAUCUGCCAGUUUGCGUUCCAAUGCGCCUUGACUGUGCUGUCCAUCGCAUGCCCUUGCUCGCUUGGCCUCGCAACACCCACAGCUGUCAUGGUUGGGACAGGUGUUGGUGCAUCCAAUGGAAUUCUGAUCAAAGGAGGAGAGCCACUUGAAAUUCUCCACAAGGUCAAUUGUGUGGUGUUUGACAAAACGGGCACCCUCACCAAUGGUGUGCCAGUGCUAACGCGCAUGACACUGCUGGUUGAAAGCAAGGUGUGCUCUCUUGCCAAGCUGCUUUUCCUGGCUGGAACAGCCGAGGCCAACAGUGAGCAUCCCAUUGGAGCUGCCAUCACCAAGUUUGUCAAAGAGACAUUAAAGAUUGACACCCUUGGGAAGUGCGAGGACUUUGGGGCUGUUCCUGGUUGUGGCCUGCGGUGCCGCAUUUCUGGAGUGGAUGCUUCGCUAAGCAACAUUGCAGAUUUGGAGCGCCUUGUCACUGACACCAAGCACCCUCGCAGCAGCUAUGUGGCUUCCUCAGAUGACGUGGUGAUUGACCGGUGGAUACUACCAGCCCAUAUACGGGGUGACACCUUGCUCAGUCCACCCCAGGACCGGUUGGUUGACGUGCCAAACCCUCAAGAACGCUCGUCCAUCCAUGUUGGCAGCAGCACUGUUCUCAUCGGCAACCGGGAAUGGAUGCAUCGCAAUGGCAUUGCAGUUGACAUCGAAGUGAGCAAACUCAUGGAGCAGCACGAAGAGAAGGGCCAAACAGCAGUGCUCUGUGCCAUCGAUGGAGUGCUGGUCUGCAUGCUGGCCGUUGCUGACACUGUCAAGCCUGAAGCCAACUUGACAGUUUACACAUUGAAGAAAAUGGGCCACGAUGUUAUUCUCCUCACAGGCGACAACAAGCGCACUGCAGCUUCAAUAGCUCGUCAGGUUGGAAUCAAACAUGUCUAUUCGGAAGUGCUCCCGUCACAUAAGGUGAUGAUGAUCCGAAGGCUUCAAGAGCAGGGACGACGUGUUGCCAUGGUGGGAGACGGCAUCAACGACUCCCCAGCCCUGGCUCAAGCUGACAUUGGCAUUGCCAUUGCUAAUGGCACCGACGUUGCAGUUGAGGCUGCCGAUGUUGUCCUUGUUCGUAAUGACCUCCUUGAUGUUGUCGGUGCCAUAGCCCUCUCCAGAGUUACUGUAAAAAAGAUACGCCUCAAUUUUUUCUUUGCCACUGUCUACAACCUUGUUGGAAUUCCACUGGCAGCUGGUGUUUUCAUGCCCUAUGGUCUCGUCCUCAAGCCUUGGAUGGGAUCUCUAGCCAUGGCCAUGUCAAGUGUCUCAGUAGUUUCGUUUUCACUCAUGCUCAAGCUGUAAGUUGCUGCGGCAUCACAUGGCUUACCUUAUCAGGGUCAUUUUUAAAUUUAACUCUUGGAAGCGUGUUGUGUAUGUGAUUACUACAAGCAGAGUUUUGCACACCUUACAGGAGACCAACUGGAGAUACUA